AUGGCGGCUCCCGAAGAUCAGCGAACCGUGAUUCUUGUGAAUGUUUUCGUUGACCGAACAGUGAAGCUUCUCAACGCCUUCGCCGCGUCGUGCGAAUCUAAACUCCAAUCGCUGCACCUCCGGUUGGUGGAAAUUGACACACGUCCGAUUCAGCUUCAGCAGGCGAGAAGCUCACACCUCUACUCGAUUCAAAUGUUCCCGCUACAAUAA